ACACAUCAGCGACUUCGUUCCGUCCGUGAGCAGCAGAAAAGAAAAGAGUCACACAAUUUUUUUCGCUGCUGUGUGUUUAUCGCGAAAGUUUUUAAAUCGGUGACGGCAGGAUAAAAAAGUGAUCAAUUUUCAUAGGGAAUCUGCUGCGGUACAAUAUUGACCAAACGGUGGGCGGGAGGACAGUAUGUUACGGCGAUAGAUGGUCGAGUGCAUCGUCAUAGUUUGCACUGGCUGCUGAUGGUGAAAAACAGCGAAAAAAAAGAAAGGCUUGAGUGUAAAGAGCAAGAAGAGUAGUAAAAAGGAAAUAGUAAUCGGGGCAGCAGGCGGAUAACAAGGGUAUUGGUAAUUGGUAGGUGACUACGAUUCGGAUUGUCAGCAGUCAUGGCCCUGCGGAAAGUGAAAGGCAACUUUGAGCGUAUGUUCGAUAAGAAUCUCACGGAUCUGGUUCGGGGUAUCCGGAACAACAAGGAUAACGAGGCGAAGUAUAUUGCCCAGUGUAUGGAGGAGAUCAAGCAGGAACUGCGACAGGACAACAGCAACGUAAAGGCGAAUGCGGUCGCUAAGUUGACCUACCUUCAGAUGUGCGGGUACGACAUCAGCUGGGCAGGUUUCAACAUUAUCGAGGUGAUGAGUUCGAAUCGUUUCACCUGUAAGCGGAUCGGAUAUUUGGCUGCCAGUCAGUGCUUCCAUCCGGACAGCGAGCUGCUGAUGCUGACCACCAACAUGGUACGGAAGGAUCUGAGUUCGACCAAUCAGUACGAUGCCGGGGUAACGCUGUCCGGGCUGAGUUGUUUCAUUUCGACUGAUCUGUCCCGGGAUCUGGCGAAUGACAUCAUGACUUUGAUGAGCUCCACUCGACCGUAUCUUCGAAUGAAAGCUGUACUGAUGAUGUACAAGGUGUUUCUGAGAUACCCGGAAGCACUGCGGCCGGCUUUUCCUAAAUUGAAAGAAAAGCUGGAGGAUCCGGAUCCGGGGGUGCAGUCCGCUGCGGUUAACGUCAUCUGUGAACUGGCUCGAAAGAAUCCUAAGAAUUAUCUCUCACUGGCGCCAAUAUUCUUCAAAUUAAUGACAACCAGCACCAACAAUUGGAUGCUGAUAAAGAUUAUCAAAUUGUUUGCCAGCUUGACGGCAAUCGAACCGGCUCUCGGUAGGAAAUUGACGCAUCCGUUGAUUGAACUGAUUUCAAGCACCUCGGCGAUGAGCCUGCUGUACGAAUGCAUCAACACGGUGAUCGCGGUUCUGAUCAGCAUCAGCAGCGGUAUGCCGAAUCACAGCGCUUCCAUCCAACUGUGCGUACAAAAGCUACGCAUCCUGAUCGAGGACUCGGAUCAAAAUCUGAAGUACCUCGGUCUGCUGGCAAUGUCCAAGAUUCUGAAGACGCACCCGAAAAGCGUCCAAACCCACAAAGAUCUCAUCCUGGCCUGUCUGGACGAUAAGGACGAAUCGAUCCGGCUGCGCGCGUUGGAUCUACUGUACGGUAUGGUUUCGAAGAAGAAUCUGAUGGAGAUCGUGCGGCGAUUGCUGGGACACAUGGAACGGGCCGAGGGUUCCGCGUAUCGCGACGAGUUACUGUUCAAGGUGAUCGAGAUCUGCUCGCAGGGCUCGUACCAGUACGUGACCAACUUCGAGUGGUAUCUGACGGUGCUGGUCGAGCUGAUUCAGCUUGAAACCGGUUCGAAGCACGGAAAGGUGAUCGCCACUCAGCUGCUGGAUGUUGCGAUUCGGGUUCAAGCCGUUCGUACUUUUGCGGUUAAUGAAAUGUCCAGCCUGCUGGCUAGCUAUCCAAUUACCGCUCAGAGCAGUACCAUGCAUGAGGUUCUGUACGCGGCUGCUUGGAUUGUCGGGGAGUUUGGAAGCCAUCUGGACAAUCCGGAAGCGACACUGCGUACGCUGUUGCAACCACGACAAAUGCCCGGACACAUCCAGGCAGUUUACGUACAGAAUGUGAUCAAACUGUUUGCGAGUCUGGUGCAUGAUUGUUUGGAGGAAGAUAACCUGGCUGACAUCCGGAAGUACUGCGACAUGCUGCUGGAUGGUCUUCCUGUUUGCUUGAGCUCUGGCGACAUCGAAGUUCAGGAGCGGGCCAGCUCUGGCUUCAUGAUGGUUCAGAUGCUCAAAGAUCGACUCAACGCUGGCAGUUCGGAUAUCCUUCCGGAUAUCGGCGCGGCAGUAGAUGAGGCAGAAGUCCUAGGCAAGUCGUCGAUCCCAUCGGAAGUCGCUGAUUUGAUUCGAGAAAUUCGCGAGCUGUUUGUGGGGGAUUUGAACCCGGUAGCCCCGAAAGCGCAACGAAAGGUUCAACUACCGGACGGUUUGGACUUGGACGAGUGGAUCAAUACUCCGCCACAGGUAAGCAGUGAGUCUAGUGACGAGGAAAAAUUCUCCCUCUUUGCUGGUCAGAAUAGUGACGAUCACGAAGCGAACGGUGAUCACAAAAAAUACAGGAAGACGGAACAAACACCAGAGGAACUGGAAAAGAUUAGAGAAGCACGCCUCAUGGAACAGACGAACAACCCCAAUUAUCUGAAGCCAGCGAAGAAAAACAAUUCCGGUGACUAUCAGAAUGCGGCCGAGAACUACGAAGACAUUCCGAUUGCCGAAAUCGCUUUGGAAGUUCCCCUCCAGAUACAAUCCACUAAACGAUCGGAUAAGUAUCUACUGGAACGACCCAAAGCAGACAAACCGGCCGGCAAAAGCAAGAAAAGUAGCAAGAAAUCGAAGCGUCAUAAGAAAAGUAGCAAAUCAAAUUACAGCGAAAGUGAUUCCGAGAGUGACGAACCUAAACCGCUGCAUGUAGUGAACACCGUAGUCGAACUACCGGAAGGUGCAAUAAUGUCCGACAACGAGGACAAAACGAACGAAGACCCGGACGAUCCGCACCGAGCGCUGGACAUCGAUCUGGACGUUCCAGUCGAGUCGAACCGUCCAAAGCGCCCACCACCAAAAUCUUCGACCGCCAUGUUACUAUCGGAACCGGGCAGCUCAUCUGUUGUUCCAUCAAGCAAACCGAAACGUAAUCUCGACACUGACGCCGACGGCGAAGCGUCCCACUCCAGUAGAAAAAACAAACGGAAGGAUAAGGAACGCAAACAUCACCGGCGUCAUCACAGGCGAACGGGCGAGGAAGGAGACGCACCGACGGAACCGACAGUUGACAAAGAACGAGUAAACAAAACAUCGUCUCACUCUUCAGUCGGUUCCCAUCGGGAGAAACAGUCCAAUCUACUCGAUCCGCUGGAGGCAGGUGAUUCAGAACAGCAGACGGAGAAACGAUCAAGUAAGAAGAAAAAACAUUCGCAAGCGAAAAACGCCAACGGAGAGGAAACAGUCACGGAGCGAUCCGGGGAUAAGGUGCAUCACAAAAAGAAGAAAUCGAAGAAGGAAAAAACCGUCUCGAAAAGUGAGAAAAAAAUGAGCGGUUACGAGGAGGCGCUGGGAAUCUCCACACCCAGCAAGGAGAUCAUUUAAUAGAUACUACUCGCCAGCAAAGGGGUUGACGACUCAAGAACGAACGAAGGAACAAAGUCGGCCUUUUCUGUCCGUCGCUAUCCGUUUUCCUAUUCCUAACUCAACUACAAGUACUCAUUAUCGCUAUGAUUAUCAGCUCACAGCUAACUGCAGUUUCCGCUGGAGGAGAUUUCCGAACUUUUCCUACUCUAGGCUCUAACCCGUAUGUAGAUGAACGAGAACGAAUUAAAGAAGAAGAAAAAAUACUAGAACACAACCAAUUUACAAGCUACUAUUGGAUAGGCUGACUGAUCGAUUUUACCACGGAACCAGUGGCUGAACAAGUAAUCACUCAGCUUUCCUGUUUUGCCUGCGCAAUUUUUCCCGGUAGGUAAGCAGCGAGGAAAAUCCUAGCGACGUUUUCUAAUGCAGCUGACUACGGUUUUACGGUGGGGCGGGGCGAACGCUCUGCGAGGAACAAAGUAUGCAACUUACUUAUAGGAGAUAACUGUUAAUUAAUCAGUAAUUACAGGCAAAUGAGCAUUAUAUAUUAUUACUAUUAUGAAGCAAAAUCGUCAGAAAAUAUAUAAUUUAUCUUAUAAACA